AUGGCCACUACAGGAAUUUUCGUUGAUGUCGUUGGCUUGUCCUAUUCAAGUGAGGGUAUCAAAGGCACUACAUCAGCUGAAUUUGAAUACAGUUAUAACCCAGGAGCUCAAGUGACUUUCUCUAUUGGCGAGAUUGUCUUGGGUCAGUGUAAGGGCAGGGCCAUUACUACGAUUUCCGAUGUGAUUCCGAAUGGAGUCUCAAUUUAUCACCCUAGGUCGGUGAAUCUAGCACACGGCUGCUGUUCAGUCUGUCCGUUGGGGAGGGUUUCGAAAAUCCAAUUCGCAUUGACGAUCACGUAUGUCUCAGGUUCUAUUGCAUUUGACUUUUCAACUGAUGACAGUAAUCUUCUAACACAUCUGUGGCAAGUUCAAGCUGUGAUAAAUCAGCACAAAGAUGAAAUCAAUCUGGACUCCGACAAUUACGAUGACCUCGAUCGGCCUCUCAAUAAGAUCUGCGAUAUACUGGGCCUACGUCCCAAAUCUGUUCACCACACCCGAAAUCACCUUCGCCGUGAGAUAGCAGGAUUCAAGGUCCUGAGGGACUUCCAGAUACCAUCUCAAGACGGUGGAUAUGUUUUAGUAGAUUUCUACCUUCCCCUGCAGCCAAAGGGACGAUUUCCAGUUCUCCUUAGCUGCACUAUAUACGGACGGCGAGUUCCUUGGGGAGGCCCAGACUUGAAUGACGACGAGGAAAUAGUCGCUUUUGAGCGUGCAGAAGACGAAUGGCAUUCGACAGGAGUUGACACAGACCUGCAGAUACCUGAUAGGGGUCCUUGGUCAACCUAUUUUAGAACGCAGCGAGGGUUUGAAAGCAUCGCGUCUUUCAAUACGUUCUCCUAUGUCCCCAAAGGCUACGCUAUGGUGAAGAUGGAUCCCAAGGGAGUGUCAGAAACGCCUGGUAAAAGAUGGGAGCCUGGUCAACUUGCUGGUGACUUUUACACUGUUUGCGAGUGGUGUGCAGAUCAACCUUGGAGCAAUGGAAAUGUCGCCCUCGUUGGCAACUCGUAUGGAGCCAACACACAAUGGGCCGUGGCAGGCCUCCGACCGAAAGGGUUAAAAUGUUUUGUUCCUUAUGCCAGUUAG